UAUCAACCUUCUAUCACCAUUUCUCUAAGAUGCACUUUCCGACGAUCAUUGCCAUCGAUUUCUGAACUGGCCAUGUCAGAAAACAUGAGCUCAAGCAAUGAUCACAGCUCUUCAAACAAUGAUGAAGAGAACGAUGGUGGUCUUGGUGGUUGGGCACGCACGAAGAGAGCCCAACUGCUGCAAGAUCUACACUCUCUUGUUCCAAACCAGAUAGAGACCGACGAGAGAUCAAUCCUCGAAGGUGCUCGAGAUUAUCUUCAAAGAAUUCACGAGGAGACGGAGCAGAUCGAGCGGGAAUUGCCCGAGAAGUAUGCGAGCUCGUCGGAAAGCCAAGGACCUCAAAUAUUAGGAGUGGAAACGGAGGAGCUGACGGAGGGGAGAUUUAUAAUAAAGAUGAGUUGGAGGAAAGGGUCGAGAGGAGUGGGUCACGUGCAGCGCGUGAUUGAAGGUUUGGACGUGAAGAUCACUUCGGUCUUCGUCCACGAAAACAUCCCUGAUGAAAUGUUGACCACGGCCUACGUCGAAGUAAAGAAAGAGAUGGGAAUGACUGAAGAGGAGCUCCAACAUCUUGUCAUCAGUGCAGCCAGGAGGUCAGGUUUGUUCCCAUAAAUCCUUGAAAGUGGAGCUAUAUUUGUGAUGAUAGUGAGGACAGUGAUGGAUUCAGAAGCAACGGCAACGGCACACCGAUGGACCACGUCAUGCCAUCAUGUGCAGUACACAUUCUUUAUGUAGUAACCAGUAACCCGAGCCACAUUAGAAUCCAAACGUUGGAUUGUGGCCGCUUUCAGAUUAUUUUAUUUUUUAUCAUGUUAUGUUUGUGAAUCAAUAUUGUUAGAUUGUUCAUGGGUUUUAUGUUUGAGCCCAUGGCUCAACAUUGGACAGCGGGUUUCAACAUCGAGGUUUGGUUCAUCCCUCCCACAAUGUAGAGGUAUCAGAGCAUAGAUGCAUGAAUGUUCAUGUUGAAAUGUACCUUUAGCUUUGAUUAUUAAUUCAAUCAGAACCAUAUUUCACCAA